UUUUUGAUAAAAAUACGGGCUUUUCUAAAAAUUACGGAUUUGUUGUCUUCAAUAGCAAGGAAGGAUUUGAUAAAAGCCGUAGCAGUGUACAUGAAUUGGAAGGAAAUAAAUUGAAAAUUGAUAGUACACAUGCUUGAUAAAAAUGGCUGAAUCAGUAGAUAAUUUUAGUGAUUUGAAAGAAUUAGGUAUAGAUUUUAAUAUACAAGAACUUGAUGAAAAUUUUGAACAAGCAGCAAAUCAUUUACCAAAGUUGGUGCCGAGUUUGAGUGAGGAAACUCUUUUAUCUCUAUAUGCAUAUUAUAAACAAGGGAAAGACGGCAACUGCAACAUCUCAAAACCAUCCUGGUUUGAUUUCAAGGGUCGAGCAAAAUGGGAAGCAUGGAAAAAACUAGAUAAAAUGCCUCAAGAUCAGGCAAAAGCAUUAUAUAUUGAUACUGUAAAAAAAAUUGAUUCUUCAUUUGAGUUAAAUGCAAAGAAGGAAAGAUGGGUGGUUGUAUCCACCCUACAAAAUGAAGAUACAAUGUUUACACAAGAGAAAAAUAUAGUAGAUCAUGUGAAGGAAGGCAAUAGAGAAAAUGUUAUCAAAUGCUUGAAAAAUAUGAAUGAUAUCCAACUAAAUAAUCUAGAUGAAAAUGGGCUGUCAUUGAUACAUUGGGCUGCGGAUAGGGGAUCUGUUGACAUUUUAAGUGAUCUUCUGUCUUAUGGUGCUGAUAUAAAUAUCAAGGACUCUGAAGGUCAAACCGCUCUUCAUUAUUCUGCUAGUUGUGGUCACAUGGAUUGUGUGCGUUUACUUUUAGAUAAGGGUGCUCUUUUGAAUAUUGAGGAUGAUGAAGGACUACUUCCUUGUGAUGUUGCGAAUGAUGAAAAUAUGAAACAAUUACUUGCUUGUUCAUGAAAUGUUCUUAUUUGGGUUUCAAUAAAAAAUUAAUCUUC